CCCCUCCCCCGCGCCGCAGACGCGCGCAGGUGCGUGAGGCCGCGCCCGCCCGGGACCCUGCAGACGUGGGCCAGCCAUGGAGCACAUCCGCACGCCCAAGGUUGAAAAUGUCCGCUUGGUAGAUCGAGUGUCUCCUAAAAAAGCAGCUCUAGGUACUUUGUAUUUGACGGCUACUCAUGUCAUAUUCGUGGAAAAUUCACCUGACGCAAGAAAAGAAACAUGGAUUCUUCACAGUCAGAUUUCCACCAUUGAGAAACAGGCAACAACUGCUACCGGAUGCCCUCUGCUGAUUCGCUGCAAGAACUUUCAGAUAAUACAGCUCAUUAUACCUCAGGAAAGAGAUUGCCAUGACGUGUACAUCUCCCUGAUACGCCUUGCAAGGCCAGUGAAAUACGAGGAGUUAUACUGCUUUUCAUUCAACCCCAUGCUGGAUAAAGAAGAAAGAGAGCAAGGCUGGGUGCUGAUCGAUCUUAGUGAAGAAUACAAGCGGAUGGGCCUCCCUAAUCAUUACUGGCAGCUUAGCGAUGUGAAUAGAGACUACAGAGUUUGUGACUCUUAUCCUACUGAACUGUACGUUCCCAAAUCGGCCACAGCACACAUCAUAGUGGGGAGUUCCAAAUUCCGGAGUAGACGGCGGUUUCCUGUCCUUUCUUACUAUUAUAAAGAUAACCACGCCUCCAUCUGCCGGAGCAGCCAGCCCCUGUCCGGUUUCAGUGCCCGGUGCCUAGAGGACGAGCAGAUGCUCCAGGCCAUCAGGAAAGCCAAUCCAGGAAGUGACUUCGUUUAUGUCGUUGACACCCGGCCUAAACUUAAUGCAAUGGCAAAUCGUGCUGCAGGGAAAGGCUAUGAGAAUGAAGACAAUUAUUCCAAUAUCAAGUUUCAGUUUAUCGGGAUAGAGAACAUCCAUGUCAUGAGGAACAGUCUGCAGAAAAUGCUGGAAGUGUGUGAACUUAAAUCUCCCUCCAUGAGUGAUUUCCUGUGGGGUCUGGAGAACUCUGGCUGGUUAAGGCACAUUAAAGCCAUAAUGGAUGCAGGAAUCUUCAUUGCAAAGGCGGUUUCAGAGGAAGGGGCAAGUGUGCUUGUUCACUGUUCUGAUGGCUGGGACAGGACCGCUCAGGUGUGCUCGGUGGCUAGCCUGCUGCUGGACCCUCACUACCGGACUCUGAAGGGCUUCAUGGUAUUAAUUGAAAAGGACUGGAUUUCCUUUGGUCAUAAGUUUAAUCACCGAUAUGGCAAUCUAGAUGGUGACCCAAAAGAAAUCUCUCCAGUUAUUGACCAGUUCAUUGAGUGUGUUUGGCAGUUAAUGGAACAAUUUCCCUGUGCCUUUGAGUUCAAUGAGAGGUUUUUGAUUCACAUUCAACAUCACAUUUAUUCCUGCCAGUUUGGAAACUUCCUAUGUAACAGCCAAAAGGAGAGACAAGAACUCAAGAUUCAAGAAAGAACAUACUCAUUAUGGGCCCACCUGUGGAAGAAUCGGGCUGACUACCUGAAUCCUCUGUUUAGAGCUGAUCACAGCCAGACUCAGGGAACCCUUCAUCUCCCUACAACACCAUGUAACUUCAUGUACAAGUUUUGGAGUGGAAUGUAUAACCGCUUUGAAAAGGGGAUGCAGCCCCGACAAUCAGUUACAGAUUACCUAAUGGCAGUGAAGGAGGAAACUCAGCAGCUAGAGGAAGAACUAGAGGCCCUGGAAGAAAGGCUGGAAAAAAUUCAAAAGGUCCAGUUAAAUUGCACUAAGGUGAAGAGUAAGCAAACUGAGCCCAGCAAGCACUCAGGGUUUUCUACCUCAGACAACAGCAUAGCCAACACUCCCCAGGAUUACAGUGGGAAUAUGAAAUCAUUUCCAUCCCGGAGCCCUUCACAAGGCGAUGAAGAUUCUGCUCUGAUUCUAACCCAAGACAAUCUGAAAAGUUCAGAUCCAGAUCUGUCAGCCAACAGUGACCAAGAGUCCGGGGUGGAGGAUUUGAGCUGUCGGUCUCCAAGUGGUGGUGAGCAUGCACCGAGUGAAGAUAGUGGCAAGGACCGGGAUUCUGAUGAAGCCGUGUUUCUCACUGCCUGAAGUUUCCCUUUGGAGUUCCAAAGUAAAGGACACAUAAGCAACGCUUCCAAAGAGAAGGGAACAAGGUAGUUUAUCAUAAAAACAAGAAAUGGUAUGUGUCAUUGAGAACUAUUUUAAUGCAGCUAUGAAAAGGGAAAAAAGUGCCCAGUUCUUGAUUUCUUAGAUACUGAAGAGGACGUAGUCAUUUAUCAAAUAUAAGGAAAAUUAUUCACCAUUUUGAAGCUCAUCCUAGACUAUGAAAAUCAUAUUCACUGCAGAGCAGUUACUUCUGUCAUUACCUGAAGUGAUCAGAAUAUAUCUUCCUUGUCAUAGCAUGCAUCUCUCAAAAAGCCUCCACUCCUUUCCCUCACAUCUGUGAUCAUCAUGAAUCUUUUAGUUCACUUCCAGAUGCAUAUUUUGUGUUUUCUAAAGCAUCUGACAUUAUCCUCCUUUCUGACCCUCUUAUACGUAUUUCUGAAACAGGCACAUUGGUGAGAUGCACACUUUUUGGUUAAUAGAUGUAUUCCUAAGGAGCUUUUAAUUGCUUAUCUUUCAGGCAUAAUCAUCACUUUAACUUUUCCUUAGAGCAUAUAUUUUGAAUUGUUAUUUUGUUGUUGUUCUCUGAGAUCUACAGUCUGUUUCUCCCCAUUAUUUAAAAAUGCUAAACCAUGUAUCUCACUUUUUCUCUAAAACUGAUUUAAUAGCUAACAAGGUAGAAGCAACAUUCAUUCUCCUGGUCUUAUAGAUGAAUUUAAGUAUCAGCUUUCUUGUAAGAACAACCUUUUAUUACUAUUCUAGAGACUACACUACCGACAGUGUGUGCCAGCCACCAGCCUGAUCUCAAAGUAUCACAUUAUAAAGUUAGUAGGUAAAACAUGUGAGGGAAAACCCAGUUGCAAGAACGAGAGAAUUGGGUUGUCAUGUCUGUUUAAUGAAGGGAACAGGUUUUGUAAUCUAUCAUUUUAGAAAUUAUGUAACUGGCUAAUAUGGUUUAAUUAACCUUAGUAACAUCUCAUGACCACUGACUGCUGAGUUCUGAAAAGAAUUUUUGUUUUGUUAAACUGCACACUUGAGGGGGAGUCCCUCUCCUGUCUUAUGAGUUAAAAAAGACUUCACUAGGUGACCUAAAUGAAACUUAGUGGGGAAAAGUGGCCAUGUUUGGACAUAAAUAAAUGGUAUUCCCACUGUAUGUUUUUAAUAUAUUAGUACAUUCUAGAAUGUAAAAGGAUUAAUUUAAACUUCACAAUUUACAUCAGUAUUUUGAAUAUGUAAAAGGAUUAAUUUAAACUUUACAAUUUACAUCAGUAUUUUGAAUAUGUGAAAGGAUUAAUUUAAACUUUACAAUUUACAUCAAUAUUUUGAAUGUGAUUUGUUAUGGGAGAAUGUAUUACAUUUCGCUGAAAUGAGGACAAAGUCAAGAGGGCAAGAAGGCAACAUUGCUGAUCUCUCUAGUAUGAAAGAUUUGGAAGGAGUGUUGCAAUAUAUAUAAAUGAAAACAUUUAAUUGUGUUCAUCAUAUUUAAAAAUAGAAUAUAUUAGAGAACUGUGAUAUAAAAGUAUUGUUAAUGUAAAAAAUAAAGCAAGUGUAAUUCUUUCAGAAUAUAAAAUUUGGGCAUUGUCUGCUGAGCAGUUCCCGAAUUAAGUACAAGGAAUGUUUAUUCAUUUUCUGCAAUAUACUGUAUGUAAUAGGGAAUACCUUGCUAAAAUAAAACUUAGGAUAUAGUGGUAAUGGCUUUCACAUUUUUACAACAGAACUCACUUCACAACCUUCUUGGAGCUGUCCAUUCUUAGAAACUCUGUUGCCUAAUAUUGAGGAUGCAGCUUUAAUUUCUUCCAUUUGACAGUGUAUGUCUAUAAAAACAAUAAACAUU